CACAUCCUUUCCCCUCUCUUCCCUGUUACUUUCUAUAUAGUGCUACAGUGAGUACACAGAUAAACAGAGCAACGUUUUUUGAGGUGGAUGGAAGGUCAUUUCAAUUGAACCAGCACGACCCUGUCAGCAAUGAGAGUGGUUGUGCUCGCCCUGACUCUGGCCUUUGUGGCUGGUGAUCUUCAACAUGAAGAUCCUAUUUGUGAAGCUGGUAAAACUUAUGUGUACAAGUAUGAGGCACUGCUCCUGGGCGGCCUGCUAGAGAAAGGUUCAGCAAGAGCUGGACUAAAUAUCAGGAGCAAAGUUAUCAUCAAUGCUAUAGACCAAAACACAUACUUCAUCAAGCUCGAGGAACCUGAGCUCCAAGAGUGCAGUGGAAUUUGGCCUCAGGAUCCUUGCAUCCCAGCAACUGAGCUGACUUCAGCUCUGCGAGCUGAGCUCACGACUCCCAUCAAGUUCGAAUAUGUCAGGGGUAUUGUUGGAAAAAUCUUUGCCCCCGAAACAGUCUCAACAACAGUGCUCAACAUAUACAGAGGUAUCCUGAAUGCCUUUCAGCUCAACAUCAAAAAGACACUAAACAUCUAUGAGUUGCAGGAGGCUGGAACUCAGGGUGUGUGCAAGACACUUUAUUCUAUCACUGAAGACACAGAGGCUCAACGCGUCUAUCUGAGAAAGACCAGGGACAUGAACCACUGCCAAGAAAGAAUAACUAAAGACGUGGGGUUAGCAUACACAGAGAAAUGUGAAAAGUGCCAGCAGGACACUAGAAACCUGAGAAGAGUUUCAUCAUAUAAUUACAUCAUGAAGCCACUUGAUAAUGGCAUCCAGAUCAACGAGGUAGUAGUCCAUGAGCUGAUCCAGUUCUCACCUUUCAGCGAGAUGCAUGGAGCUGCUGAUAUGGAGACCAAGCAAUCCUUAGUGCUCCUUGAGGUUCGAAAAACCCCUUUUGCACCCACUACACCACCAUCCAAGGCUCGGUAUUCACACCGUGGAAAUCUCACGUAUGAAUUCUCCGCUGAGCUUCUUCAGCUGCCCAUUCAGCUCCUCAAUAUCAACAAUGUAGAGUCUCAGCUUGAGGAGACUCUGAAUCAGCUGGCCAAACAGGCUGUUGAAAGAGCUCACGAGGAUGCCCCUCUGAAAUAUUUGAAAUUCAUCCAACUCCUUCGCGCAGCCUCCAGUGGAACUCUGGAGAACCUCUGGAGCAAACACUCGGCGACUUCAGCCCACAGAAAAUGGAUCCUGGAGGCCAUCCCUGCUAUUGGAACGCCUUAUGCUUUGAGAUUUAUCAAGGAGAAAUAUCUGGCUGAAAGAAUAACUGUGUUUGAAGCUGUUCAGGCUUUGAUUACUUCUUUUCACAUGGUGACAGCAAACACUGAGACCUUUGAGGUGGCUGAGAGCCUAAUGAAGGAAAGCAAAAUACUGGGCAACCCAGUCCUGCGAAGGAUUGUAUUCCUUGGCUAUGGUACCAUGGUUUACAGACACUGUUAUGAGAUUGCUUCCUGUUCUGCUGAACUCAUAAAGCCCAUUCAGGACCUUCUUGCACAGGCUCUGAAAGAUGAAAACACAAAGGACAUCAUCCUGCUUGUGAAGGCUUUGGGAAAUGCUGCACAUCCUUCUAGCCUAAAGACAAUCACAAAAAUACUACCCCUACAUAGUAAAUUAGGUGCAUCUCUGCCAGUGAGAGUUCAUGCUGAAGCCAUGAUGGCCCUGAAUAACAUCGCCAAAAAGGAGCCUAAAAUGGUCCAGCAUUUAGCUUUUCAGCUCUACGGGGACAAGACUCUUCAUCCUGAGAUCCGCAUGCUUGCGUGCAUUGUGCUCUUUGAGACAAGACCUUCAAUGAGUUUGAUGUCAGCUGUUGUUCAUAUCGUGAAGAAAGAUAGAAAUUUACAGGUAGCAAGUUUCACCUAUUCCCACCUGAAGUCUCUGACUAGGAGCGUCGUUGAUACCUCAGUUGCUGCAGCUUGCAAAGUCGCCCUAAGGAUGUUGGGCCCAAACCUGGACAAACCGGGUUCACGUUUCAGCAAAGCUAUCCAUGUUGAUGCCUACAACAGUCCCUUUAUGCUUGGUGCUGCUGCAUCCGCUUACUACAUCAAUGAUGCUGCCACCAUUAUGCCCAAAUCGAUUGCAGCUAAAACCAAGGCUUUCUUUGCUGGAGCUGCUGCUGACAUUCUUGAGGUUGGAGUAAGAACUGAGGGACUGCAGGAGGCUUUUCUGAAAAACCCUACAGUUUUUGAUAGCACUGAUAGGAUCGCCAGGAUGAAGCAUGUCAUUAGGACUCUCUCUCAAUGGAAGGCUGCAAGCAACAGCAAAAUCCAAACUUCCAUCUAUGUCAAGUUCUUUGGACAAGAAGUUGCCUUUGCUGACUUUGACAAAGAGCGCUUUGAUGGCAUUUUUGAGGCUAUCAUUGCCAGAAACAAUGUUGACGUGUUUAGCAGAGACAUUUUCAAGGCUCUGCUGUCUGGUCCUUCCUUCCACUUUGUUAAGCCUCUGCUGGCUACUGAGGUGCGACGCAUCAUGCCUACUGUAGCUGGUUUUCCAAUGGAGCUUGGUCUGUACACUGCUGCUGUGGCUGUUGUUGCUGGACAAAUCAAAGUCACCACAACGCCACCUCUGCCAGAAGGCUUUCAUCUCAGACACCUUCUCAAGAUGGACAUACAGAUCAGUACCAAAGUUACACCGAGUGUUGCUGUGAACACAUUUGCUGUGAUUGGGGUAAACACUGCCAUACUCCAGGCUGCCCUGGUAUCAAGAGCUAAACUCUACUCCACCAUGCCGGCCAACACUGAAGCCACAUUUAACAUCAAUGAGGGCUACUUAAAUGUCAGCGCUCUUCCUGUUUCAGUGCCUGAAAACAUUACAGCCGUGGAUAUUGAGACUUUUGCUGUGGUAAGAGAUUCUGCUUCUGGAGAAAAAAUCACUCCGAUCAUUCCUGCCAUCCCAAAAGAGAUUCUUAUAUCUAACAUUACAUCUUCUAAUUCUGCUAGUGAGUCAAGAUCUUCUGAGAUCAUUUCUCAGCAUCAGGAAGUUGGCACGCACAAAUCAAAAGUGGUGAAGAGUAAGAAGAAGUACUGUGCUCAGGUUGUUAAUGCUGGACUGAAGGCCUGUUUCAAGAUUGACACUGCUUACGUGGGGGAUGCUGCGGUGUAUAAACUAGCUGGAAGGCACUCUGCUGCUUUUUCUGUCAAACCAAUUGAAGGUGAAGCUGCUGAGAGACUGGAAUUAGAGUUUCAACUUGGACGUAAGGCUGAACAGAAGAUCAUUAAACACAUUGAUCUUAGAGAAGAAGAAACGCCAGAGGAAACAACAGUGUUAGUGAAACUCCACAAAAUCCUAGCCCCUACUCAGAAGAAUAGCACCAUAUCCUCCUCCUCUUCCUCCAGUUCCAGCAGCUCUCGCCUUCAUGUCAGAUCCUCUUCUUCCAGUUCCAGCUCUUCAUCUCAUUCCAGAAGCAAGGCCACUGAUGCAGCUCCUCAACAAAUCCUGCUCCCGAAGAAGCAUUACAGAAGCAGCAGCAGCAACAGCAACAGAAGUAGGAGCAGCAGAAGCAGCAGCAGCAAGAGCAGGAGCAGCAGCAGCAGCAGCAGCAGCAGGAGCAGAAGCAGCAGCAGCAGCAGGAGCAGAAGCAGCAGCAGCAGCAGGAGCAGAAGCAGCAGCAACAGGAGCAGAAGCAGCAGCAGCAGCAGUACAAGUAGAAGUAACAGCAGCACAAGUGAAAGAAGAAGCAGCAGCAUCAGCAACAAGUUCAGUUUCUCUACAUCUGUCAGCACUUCCAAGUCCUCCCUUGCAUCGAGCUUUGCAUCACUCUUCAGUCUUAGUUCAGGUUCUUCUCACUAUAGUAUGCGACCCAAAAAGGAGUCCAAGGAGAAACACAAGAAAAAACACGAGAAGCCGCAUCACACCUCUAAAGCCGCACGGUCGGAGGGUUUCAGAAGCAGAAACAGUGGCUCAAGCUUGGAUGCGAUCCAACAAAAGAAAAGGUUCCUUGGCAAUGAAGGUAUUAUCUUUGGCAUGAUCUUCCGUGCUGUUAAAGAUGACAAGAAGAAGCAGGGAUACCAAGCCACUGCCUACUUGGACAAAACUACCAACAGACUUCAAAUAAUUCUAGCUGACAUUGCUCCUGAUAACAACUGGAGGCUCUGUGCUGAUGGAGCCGCGUUGAGCAUGCACAAAGUCAAAGCUAAAAUCAACUGGGGAGCAGAAUGCAACCAAUAUGACACUGCGAUUACAACUGAAACUGGUCUUGUCGGCCCAAACCCUGCAGCUCGCCUCAAAGUGGACUGGAAUCGGCUACCUUCUGAUCUUAAGCACAAUGCAAAAAUCAUCUAUAAGCGCAUUUCUGCUUACAUGUCUACUGACUUGAUUCAAGAAAAGGACAAAAACAGCGACAAGCAGCUCUCAUUUACUGUGGUUGCAACAUCUGACAGGAUCCUCGACCUGAUCUGGAAAACACCGAGAAGUACAGUCUCUAAGCGGGCUUUGCGUCUUCCCAUCACUUUGCCACUUAAUGAGAUUAAGCUUCUUACUUCCUUCAGUGACGUCUCUGGAAAAGUCAAGUACUUAUUUACUGCAGCUGGUGCAGCUGAAUGUAGCUUCACCAGCAAAACACUGACAACAUUCAACAACAAGAAAUUAAAGAGCGAGAUGCCCUCCUACUGCUACCAGGUUUUGGCACAGGAUGCCACAGAUGAGCUGAAAUUCAUUGUUCUACUAAAGAAGGAUCACACUGACCAGAACCAAAUCAGUGUGAAAGUUGGUCACAUAGACAUUGACCUCUACCUGAAGAACACCAACGUGAUUGUGACUGUGAAUGGAAUAGAAAUUCCCACCAGUAACCUGCCAUACCAUUAUCCCAGAGCUGAAAUCCUGAUCAAACAAACUGGUGAAGGCAUCUCCGUGUAUGCAGCUAGCUAUGGUCUUCAUGAAGUCUACUUUGACAAGAUGUCAUGGAGGAUUAAAGUUGUGGACUGGAUGAGGGGGAAGACUUGUGGUCUCUGUGGAAAGGCUGAUGGGGAGACCAGGCAGGAAUAUCACACACCCACUGGACGGAUAGCCUCGACCGCAGUCAGCUUUGCUCAUUCCUGGAUUCUUCUAGCUGAGAAUUGCAGAGACACCACUGAGUGCCGAAUGAGGCAUGAAUCUGUGCAGCUAGAGAGGCAAGUAAACACGCAAGCUCAGGAGUCCAAGUGCUACUCUGUUGAGCCUGUACUGCGCUGCUUGCCUGGGUGCUUCCCUGUGCACACCACCAACGUCACUGUUGGCUUCCACUGCCUGCCUGCUGAUUCUAUCCCGAGUGGCCCUGAUACUAUGAGCAACAUGUAUGUUAAGAGUGUGGACCUGAUGGAAACUACAGAGGGUCACCUUGCCUGCAGCUGCACUACUCAGUGUGCUUAACAUCACCCUCUGCCAGUCUCACACACUAUGUGAAUGUUUUGAAUGUUCUUUUAAAUAAAGAUAAACUUACU